AUGAUUGGUAUCGACGGUGGCUGCAUCGAUGCCGAGGAAGGGAUGUGGCUGAGUCUCCUUGCCCUGGAACAGCUUGUUCGCCUUGAUUUGGCCACUGGACAGGUUACGCACCGCAUCAAGACGGAUGGCCACGCGGUAGCCGCCACUUUAGGGGGACAGGAUGGCAAGACGCUGUUUUUCUGCGUGAACUGGACCCCUCCAGACGAUAACCUCUUCGAGGCCAUGACGGCACGGAAGACCCGGUGUACAAUCAUGUCUACACGGGUGGAUAUAGGCAAAGGGGACGCCAGGCCUCAGGGAAUCGAUCUUUCUGGAUAG